UAUAAAUAUUAAUUAUAAUGGAAAGUGCAUUUAUAUUCGGAUGUCUAUUUGGAAUGGGUAUAAAAAUGACAGUUAGUCGAGUGAUACGUCAACCACUAUUAUUUAGUAAGCAAUAAAUACAAUAAUAUGAUAGAAUGUCAUUAAUAUCCAAAGUAUAUGCUAUAUACAGGAUUAGCAUUUUCAGGAUUUGAUUGGAUUCGUCGUCUGUCUUUGGAAACAUUAUGUGAGAAAGAGGAAUUAUCAGAAUUUUUGGUUAGAAGAGCUCGAAUCAACUAACUUGCUACAGGUGCAGAAUCAGCAGGAGAUUAUAAGAAAGAAUUUGUCUAAAUAGCCGUAGACGAACACAUAUAUUGAUUAUCAA